AUGGGAAAGAGCAUCUGCUAUCGGCAACGAAAGAGAAAGGAAGUCGUCUACGGCGAUUGCGUACUCAAGGCUCAAGCCUUUGUUGAAGGCGCUUCGAAGCCGCGCACGAAAAACAUGGAUCGAAUUUCGAAGACCACCAAGAAAUUGUUGGAAAGAAGAAGGACUUUGAAGCUUGAUCAGAAUGCAUUGCACAUUAAGAGAAAAAAAAGGAUCCCAGACCACUGGAAGACAACUUCGCGAACCGUUCUUAUCCAUAAGAAAGGUGACCGAGAUGACAUUCGAAACUACCGACCGAUAUGCUUCCUGAGCGUGUUGUGCAAAGUAUUCAAUAAGAUCAUCCCCACUCGCGUGUCUAGGACGCUGGAUGAAGCCCAGCCUCAAGAACAAGCUGGAUUCCGUCAUGGAUUCAGCUGCUUGGACCACAUCCAGACCGUGUCAAGGAUCAUAUACGUUUGCUGGGAAUGCCGUCUCCCCUUUGUUCUAACCUUCGUCGACUGUGAGAAAAGCUUCGACAGUGUAGAAACGAAUGCAAUGCUGUUAGCGCUGAUCAAGGUGUGGCAGGCGUUAGCAAAUUGCUACGACCACUGCCACGUCUAA